UGUGUCCUCUCACCCCCUGGAAGGCCCCGCUGUUCCCUCCGGCCGCCCCCCGGAGAUAUGGCCAUGGUGGCUGGAGGCUGGGGAGACCCGAACGGAGACACCAACGGGGUGGACAAGGGCUACCCCAGGACCUCGGAGGAGGACUCGGUGUCGCCCCAAGGCGGGGCGAGCGACCCGGAGCCGGGGGACGAAGAUAAACCCGGCAUCCAGGUGGACUGCACGGUGUGCGGGGACAAGUCCAGCGGGAAGCACUACGGGGUCUUCACCUGCGAGGGCUGCAAGAGCUUCUUCAAGCGGAGCAUCCGCAGGAACCUGAGUUACACCUGCAGAUCUAACCGCGACUGCCAGAUUGACCAGCACCACCGCAACCAGUGCCAGUACUGCCGCCUGAAGAAGUGCUUCCGCGUGGGCAUGAGGAAAGAAGCUGUCCAGAGAGGCAGGAUCCCCCCCAGCCACGCCAGCACCAGCCCCACGGCCAUGCCCAGCGGGGAGUAUUUCAACGGGCAACCCGUCUCGGAACUCAUCUCCCAGCUGCUGCGGGCCGAGCCCUACCCGGCGGCCCGCUACGGCUCGCAGUACGCCCAGCAGGGCAGCGUGAUGGGCAUCGACAACAUCUGCGAGCUGGCGGCCCGGCUGCUCUUCAGCACGGUGGAGUGGGCCCGCAACAUCCCCUUCUUCCCCGAGCUGCCCGUCUCCGACCAGGUGGCCUUGCUGCGGCUCAGCUGGAGCGAGCUCUUCGUGCUCAACGCCGCCCAGUCGGCCCUGCCGCUGCACAUGGCCCCGCUGCUGGCCGCCGCCGGCUUCCACGCCGCCCCCAUGUCCGCCGACCGCGUGGUCUCCUUCAUGGACCAGAUCCGGAUCUUUCAGGAUCAGGUGGAGAAACUGAACCGGCUGCAGGUGGAUUCGGCGGAGUACAGCUGCCUGAAAGCCAUCGCCCUCUUCACGCCAGACGCCUGCGGCCUCUCGGACCCUGCGCACGUGGAGAGCCUGCAGGAGAAAGCGCAGGUGGCCCUGACGGAAUACGUCCGCGCCCAGUAUCCGUCCCAGCCCCAGCGCUUCGGCCGACUCCUGCUGCGGCUCCCGGCCCUCCGGGCGGUGCCGGCGUCGCUCAUCUCUCAGCUCUUCUUCAUGAGACUGGUGGGGAAGACGCCCAUCGAAACACUAAUCAGGGACAUGCUGCUGUCGGGGAGCACGUUCAACUGGCCGUACGGCUCGGGGCAGUAAGACGGCAGGAACGCUCCCCUCCUGGGUCCAGACGCAGCUGGGGACUGCCAGCCCGUUUCCCUGGAAACCACUUGCCCGGGUCUUGCUCCUCGCGCCCUUCCCCGAGCGGUUCCGGCCAGGCUCGGGCCCGCACGGUUAUUUCCAGGCCGGAAUCGCGGCAAAGUUAGCGACUCGCCCGGGUGUUGCCCGUCCGUGCCACCAACCCCUUCUCUCGGCGCUCUGGACAGACGAGGACUGGAACCAAGCAGUCGGUUCGUGCGGGUGGGAUUGGAACUCCCCCCCCCCAUUUCGAACCCUCGCUGGGGGCAAGCCGGGCUCGGAGGCCUGCCCUGGCGCCCUGGACAGCGGCCGUGGGAAGUGGCUGGAGGUGAUUCUGCGACUCUGCCGUUGUCUCUGGGCUAAUGUGCGGGGACCAAAGCCUGCUCCGUCUGCAGUCUGUGUGUGAGCGGACGGGUGUGUCUGCCAACGCAGCCGGCGGCCAUCUUGGGCUAUAAUUUGAACCCUGGGAAUGAGGACGGGGAGAGCGAGGGGCCCUGUCCUCUAGCCUCUGGCAGACAGCUGUAGGGAAUAGCGGAGCCGUGCACCGUCCGAUGGCUCUGGAAGGAGGAGGAAGCCGCAGGCUCCGGAGAUGAGCCAAUUUGUGGUGGGGAGGGAAGGAAGGGGUUGCGUUAGGCCUUCGCGUGGGUUCUUGCAUCGUUCCAGCUUUCGGGGCCCCAGGGACCACUCUGCUGUAUCUAAGCUGCUGUCAUACCUGCGGGGAUGAGGUAGAAGUUUGCUGCUGGCCACGUCUGAGCCAAGCCACGGGGCUCAAUAGGCCACGGGUCAGAUCUGGUCUGGCUGUCCAUGGAGUCAGAGCUCCCAGACUUGGGCGCUUUGACCUGCCUGCUUCCCUCGCCUCCUGUGGUGAUGCUUCCCUGCUGCUCAGCCGGAAUUCACCUGGGCGUUAGGGGCACGAUCCCUGGCCCGGUGCGUGGCAGCGUGUCUGGCUGUGUGUGUGUUUCUGUACUUGCAGCUGGCUUCCCGCCUCCCCCGUUCAUUUCACCACUCAGCCUGUGUUUUACUUCCCCCCCGCCCCAUGCCUGGGAUCUUCUCGGGGAGAGUUAGCAGCCGGUUUACGUGGCAGACCCUUGUAUGUAGGAAGCAUCCCCCCCCCCGCC